GUGAAGCUGUGUGAGAAGUUGUCAUUCGUGUGAGUAUUUAUCAGUUUUGAUAAAUUUCUUCGUUAUUAUAAUCGAUUGCAUAGCCCACUAUUGAAGAGCAGGGCUCUGGUUGAGUCCUGCGUUGCCCGGCGGCGCCUUCACCUGGGUAAGUGCACCUAGCACGACGAUGAUUCCUUGUCAACGGUCGAAGGGAUGCCUCAAAACGAUCAGCUUCGGGAAUUGAAGUGACCAGUAUCUCCUCGACGAAAUCGAUAUUGCCGAUCCCCCAAAACUGGGCCACGUAUACAAAGGGAUGAGGAAAUAUGACCGUGCCUCCAAAUGUUUCCGCCUAGCUCUCGACAAAAACCCUCAAAACUCUGAUGUGCGCGUUGGGUUAGGCAAAUUAUACCACAGUCAAGGCAAAAACCCUCAAAACUCUGAUGUGCGCGUUGGGUUAGGCAAAAUAUACCACAGUCAAGGCAAAGUAGGAAAAGCACUUGAAUAUCACAAGGCUUUACAAAACAAUGAUCGGUGA